UGUGGAGACAUCUGGCCAGUCGAUUGGAGACCCAGAGGAAGCGCCGGCCAGGAUUCCUCGCUCUGAGUUCCCAGGGUGCUUUUCGUGUUUGGCGCAUGCGCGCGGAAGAAACGAUGGUGGUGCCGGUGAUGCCCGCUGAGUGCGGCGGCGGGAUAGUUUGAAGAGAGAACGGCAGCCCCCUGUAACAGACUUGUGUAUAUAGAUUGGAGAUGGCACGGCCAGUGCUCCAACCUCUCCGUAUACAUCCUACUGUUCCCGAGACGUUCACUGUACUUGAGCAACGGUUGCGUAUGGCAGAGGAACAAGCAGAAACACUAAUCAUUGACCUUGAGGCACUGGGUGUUACUUGUCACAGCACGAAAUUGGAAUACCAAAAGUCUGCAGAGGGUCUUCCCCCAAUCAGUCCUGUAAGGGCCCGACCAGCAUUCACUGGAGAAAGUAUAUUAUGGAGUAACUGUGAGAAUCUUGUCAGUCGGACGUGUCACAUUGAAAGCAUGCUGCAGACACUGAAAGCUGCUGUUUUGCAGCUACAGACAAGGCAGGAAUUGGAUACAAAGCACUGUGGUGAACUAGAACAACAUAUGCAUGAAAUGCAAGAAAAGCAUGCUAAAGAACUCAAAAAGGCACAACUAGAAAUCAUGAGACUGCGUCAGUACUUUAACAGUACGACUAAGGCACGGGAAAAAGAAGAGGAAACAAAAGAGAGGUUGAGUGCUGCACUGGAGUUUGAAUCAAUGACUAAGUUACAAGAGAAGCUAUCAGAAGAGAAUUCUCUGCGGACUUUGCUUGAGGAGGAGCGGGAUGUUCUGUUGCUUACAUUGCAGGACCUGACAAAAGCUAUUGAAAAGGAGCGAAAACAUAUACAGGAGCUACAGCUGCACUGCCAGACUGUGUACAGAGAAGGACAGGAAGUGAGGGAUAAAUUACAGGAGGUAGAACCAAGGUGUCAGAAACUGGAAAUAAAGAAUGAGGAGCUUCAAUCUGACUUGGAGGCAAAAGACUCACUUGUAAGCCAGCUGCAGGAGGAAGUUAAGAUUAUCCAGCAAAAGUGUGAUGCAGAACUUGCUGAGGUGCGUAAGGAUUCUGUUGCUCUGCAGGAAGGAGCAGAAACAGUUCAGUUACAAGAGAAGCUAUCACAAGACGCUGAUCUGCGGGCCGUGCUUGAGAAGGAGCGGGAUGUUCUGUUGCUUAUGUUGCAGGACCUGACAAAAGCUAUUGAAAAGGAGAGAAAACAUGUACAGGAGCUACAGCUGCACUGCCAGACUGUGUACAGAGAAGGACAGGAAGUGAGGGAUAAAUUACAGGAGGUAGAACCAAGGUGUCAGAAACUGGAAAUGAAGAAUAAGCAGCUCCAGUCUGACUUGGAGGCAAAAGACUUGCAUGUAAGCCAGCUGCAGGACGAAAUUAAGAUUAUCCAGCAGAAGUGUGAGGCAGAGCAGGCAGAACUCGCUGAGGUCCGUGGGGAUUCUGUUGCUCUGCGGGAAGCAGCAGAAAAAGUUCAGGCUUUAAACAAGCAACUGGAGGAUCAGUGCUCAGAACUAACUGUGAACAUGCAAAAACUUAAUAAUGACAAUAUCCGUCUUAUGACAGAUCACCAACAAGAGCUCAAGGUAGUGAAAGACACUAUGGCGCAAAAGCUGCAGGUAAAAGAACAUUUGCUGAGCGCAGUCCAGGCAAGCCUGACUGGGAAACUGCAGGGUUUGCAGAGUCAUCGCACACAGCUAGAGAGUGAACUAGCUCAGAGCCAGAAGCAAGUUCAGAAACUGGAGGCAGAGCUUUCAGGGUACCAGAUGAAGCUGCAGACAGCAGAGUCUCAACAACUUGCAAAGAUAAAUCUACUUCAGAGGUCCAUGGAAGUUGCUCACCAAGAUAACCAGAAGCUGGCAUGUGCAUUGGAAAAGGCUCUUCAGAUAAAUACUGCUUUACAGAAUGAUAUGGGUGAACUAGCAAAGGAGGUGCAAAACAAAGUGGCCGAGGAAAAGCAGCUACUUAUGAUCAGGGCACAGGCUGAAGAAGAUAUCAGGAUAAAGGCACAGCUAUCAGAAGAGCAUCUUGCGUCUCUAACAAAACACCAGUUACAAUGUAGUGAAGCAAAGAAAGCUGCACAAAAGGAGGUGGCAGAGCUGAAGAAAGCAUUAGCAUGUGCUAGUGUAAAGUCAGCUGCGAUCUCAAGAGCAAACAGAGAGCUGAGAAGCAGAGAAUCACUGCUAGAGAAGGAGACUUUGCAUCAAAAAGACCUGAUAUGUGGGUUUAAAACACAGCUCAGAUCUUGCAUACAGAACAAAGAGACCAAAAAACAAGCUGAAAGAACACAGGCAUUAGAGGUUGAGCUGGAACGCAUGCAGAAAAUGAAGGAUGAAUAUGAAAAGAGCAAUAAUGAGCAGUGUAAGCGUAUUGAACGGUUUAUGAGUGAAGUUAGCAGCUUGCGCAAAGAGAUAGCGGCAGCAGCAUCCCAGAGAGAGAACACCUUGCAGAACCAGUUGGAGAAGGAGAUGAAGUUCAGGCAGGAGCUGGAGGAAAGAUACAUGGAUCUGGAAAACAGAGUUAAGACGUUCCAGUAUGAGAAGACAGUCACAGACAGGAAACUAAGAGAAGCUAGUGUGGAGUCUGAAGAAAUAAGUCUUACCCUUCAGGAAGCUCAGAGCUGGUGUCAUUCUGCUGAGCCGCAGUUGGAGCUGUUGAAGAAUAGAAGAGGCAAGGAGGAUGUUCCAGAAUGUUGCCAUGUGAAACAUCCACAGUUUCUUACCCACUCUACUAUGGAACACUGGGCGACCAAACAGAAGCUUAAGUUGAUUUCCAGAAACUUUCAGUUGAAUGAGAAAAGAAAACCACCUGGAGAUCAGGCUCCGCACACUGCAUCCUAGAGCUCAUUGGAAAAAGAAACAAAACAAAACAGAACAAACGGUCAGAGCAAUGGCGUCCAUUAUCGUGGAUCACCUGCGUGAGGCGGAUAGUGAGCUCAAUGCCCAGGAAGAUGCACGGCUUGAGAGAUUUCUUGCGUCAGAAAAGGAAAUGCAUCAAACUUUUAUGACGCAGUUAAUGAUAAUGCAUGAUAGGCAGAUGACAUUUUUUGAAGGCACGUUUGCACGUACCAUAGGGAAUACCACACAAGCACAACAGCAAGACACAGCCUACCCACAGCACCCAUAUGGUCCAUACAACUAUGAGCCUCCCUCAAAUCCCCCAACACAAAUCCCGCAAUCCUCAGAAUAUCGGGUAUAUAGACAACUGCCUUAGAGCAGCGGGUGAUAAAACAAUGUUUGUGUUUUAAGGUUCUGUUUGCACUGUAUCCUCAACCCUGAUACCUACAAAUCCAAACAUUAUUUUUAUUUUACAUAGUGCCCUGUUGGCACUUUAAACUUUUAUCAUUUUAUAUUGUUACCUCAGAAAAUGGGCAGUGGGAUCCAGAUAUUGGGGCUACCUUUUAUAUUGUUACCUCAGAAAAUGUGCGGCAGUGUGAUCCAAAUAUUGGGGCUACCCUGAUACCUGCCAAAUCAAACAUUAGGUUUUUUUUUACAGAGUGCCCUGUUUGCACUUUACUCUUUUAUAUUGUUACCUCAGGGCAGGUGUCUUCACCAUGUAGCCCUCUAGCUGUUGUGGAAAUACAUAGCAAGACAUGCUGAUACAUGUAGUUCCACAACAGCUGGAGGGACACAUGUUGAAGACCCCUUGCGUUAUCUGGAAUUUUACAGAGUGUUAUGUUUGCACUUAAAUAUUUUAUAUUGUUACCUCAGAAAAUGUGU